AGAUUGAGAGAGAGAGAGAGAGAGAGAGAGAGAGAGAGGGAACGGGGUUGUGGUGGGCGAUCCGAUUAGGGUCAGAUUUGGAGCUCCGAUUCGAGCUGGAGAAGUGAGAUUGGGAUCGGCAUUUUUUUGUGGCGGAGAUGAAUGGGAGGCAGAGAUCUGGCGCGGCUACGGUGCACCAUCAGAGGCAGCUCUCCGACAACUUCCUCGACGGUGCCUCCUCCAAUGGCCGAUGGCUUCAGUCCGCUGGUCUCCAGCACUUCCAAUCUUCUUCCGGCAAUGAUUAUGGAUACUAUGGUGGUAACCAGGCAGCAAGAGGAUACAGUAAUGCCCAGAGAGGGUUUAAUGGUGGACAUGAGUUCUAUGGGGAGCCUACUACCCCUCAGUAUGGUUCACGCCCGUCAAGCCAGAGACAUAAUGCUGAUGAAUCUGGCUUUAGUCCCGGGCUCUUAGAUCUGCAUUCUUUUGAUACCGAGCUUCUUCCUGAGAUUCCCGUCUCUAGCCAACUAGAUGGCCCCUCCAUUUUCAAUCCUAAUCGAGGGCACAGCUUUGAUGACACCGAAACCUACAACAAACAACCUGGCAGGAGUCAUGGGUUUGUGGAAAACUUUGCUGUUGAGAAAGAAAGGAUGAAUUCUGUUGCAAAGAUUAAAGUUGUCGUACGUAAGAGACCACUUAACAAAAAGGAGUUGGCGAAGAAUGAAGAAGACAUUGUUGAAACAUAUUCCAAUACUAUAACAGUUCAUGAAACUAAACUUAAGGUUGACUUAACAGCUUAUGUUGAAAAGCAUGAAUUUGUUUUUGAUUCUGUACUAAAUGAGGAAGUCUCAAAUGAUGAGGUUUAUCGUGAGACUGUGGAGCCUGUAGUCCCCCUCAUUUUUCAGCGCACCAAAGCCACUUGCUUUGCAUAUGGGCAGACAGGUAGUGGUAAAACCUAUACCAUGAAACCACUGCCUCUUAAAGCAUCAAGAGAUAUCCUUAGGUUGAUGCACCACACAUACAGGGGCCAAGGGUUGCAGUUGUUCGUCAGCUUUUUUGAGAUUUACGGAGGAAAGCUAUUCGACCUCCUUAGUGACCGGAAGAAGCUUUGCAUGAGAGAGGAUGGUAAGCAGCAAGUUUGCAUCGUGGGUUUGCAAGAGUACAGAGUGUCAGAUGCAGAAACAAUAAGGGAUCUUAUUGAGAAAGGAAGUGCAACAAGAAGUACUGGGACAACUGGUGCAAAUGAGGAAUCCUCUCGUUCACAUGCCAUACUUCAGCUUGCCAUAAAAAAAUCAGUAGAGGGAAACCAGUCGAAGCCUCCUCGUCUUGUUGGCAAGCUUUCCUUUAUUGAUCUCGCUGGUAGUGAACGUGGUGCUGAUACAACAGACAACGACAAGCAGACAAGAUUGGAGGGGGCAGAGAUCAAUAAGAGCUUACUUGCCUUAAAGGAGUGCAUCAGAGCUCUAGAUAAUGAUCAGGGUCACAUCCCUUUUAGAGGCAGCAAGUUAACCGAAGUUCUCAGGGAUUCCUUCAUGGGAAAUUCACGCACUGUCAUGAUAUCUUGCAUAUCUCCGAGCUCUGGAUCAUGUGAACAUACCCUGAACACCUUGAGAUAUGCUGACAGGGUGAAGAGUCUCUCGAAAGGAAAUAAUUCUAAGAAGGAUGUAUCCUCUUCAACCGUAAACCUGAGGGAGUCAACGAAAGUUCCCUUGGCUUCGACACUGCCAACUCCGUCUAACUUUGAUGAUGAUGUGAAUGACACAUGGGCGGAGGAUAACUAUGAAUUUGAUGCAUCGGAUUAUGAGCAAGAGAAACAAAUUUGGAAGAAAAACGGGAAGCUAGAGCCAUCGUAUAAUGCCCCAGCACAGGACAGAACGCAGAAACCUAAUGUUCAGAUGAAAUCAAGGGAGAUUCCAAAACCUGAUAUGGCGAAGUCAAACUCUGAUGAUGAUCUAAACGCGCUUUUGCAGGAAGAAGAGGAACUUGUGAACGCACACCGUAAACAAGUUGAAGAGACCAUGAAUAUUGUAAAGGAGGAGAUGAACUUGCUCGUCCAGGCAGACCAACCGGGAAACCAGCUCGACGGCUACAUUACAAGACUGAACGCCAUUCUCUCUCAGAAGGCAGCAGGUAUUCUCCAAUUACAGAACCGUCUUGCUCAUUUCCAGAAACGACUUAGGGAACACAAUGUGUUGGUGUCUACUGCUGGGUCCUGACCCGAAAAACCCCGAGUAUCGGUCCUCGUUUUACCGGACCUAAAAUCCCGGGUUUGGCUCGUGGUCCUUGGGGUUCGGUGGCGGUGGUUUGCCUACUGGUUUGAGUGAGCUCGUCGCCAGUUUUAUUCCUAUCCAUUGGUCUAUUAUUCCUCCUCCUGAGGACCCGUAGAGAAGUAUGGAACAAGGAGAAUUAUCGCAAUGUAAUGAUCAUGAUGGUCUGGUGCUUCAAUUUUGAUUCCUUGCUCUCUACGUUUCUGUAAUCUUGUAUUGGAUUUGUUCACAGAGAAAGGACACCGAUGUAAUGUACUCCCAUGUACUUUUGUUCCUGUUCUUCUUGAGCUGUACUAUGGUCUUUAUUUGCAUCUUACACCAUA